CCCGGAGGGGGCGGUUCCCGUUCUGCAGAAGAGCCGGAUGUUUGCCGAGCUUUGACAGGCGUGGCCAAGGGAGCGGUGCCUGACCACGGUUUCUCUUCAGGUUCUGUGGGGUGAGGCUGUGGGGGACAGGCUUGGCUAUGGACCCGCUUUCAGAGCUGCAGGAUGACCUGACCUUGGAUGACACCAGCCAGGCUCUGAACCAGCUGAAGUUAGCCUCCAUUGAUGAGAAGAACUGGCCCUCUGAUGAAAUGCCUGACUUUCCCAAGUCAGAUGACUCCAAAAGCAGCUCCCCAGAACCUGUCACACACCUGAAGUGGGAUGACCCUUACUACGACAUCGCCCGGCACCAGAUUGUGGAGGUGGCAGGAGAUGACAAGUAUGGGCGGAAGAUCAUUGUGUUUAGUGCCUGCCGAAUGCCUCCCAGCCACCAGCUGGACCACAGCAAGCUCCUGGGGUACCUGAAGCACACCCUCGACCAGUACGUGGAGAGCGACUACACACUGCUCUACCUGCACCACGGCCUGACCAGCGACAACAAGCCCUCCCUCAGCUGGCUCCGGGAUGCCUACCGGGAGUUCGACCGAAAGUACAAGAAGAACAUCAAGGCCCUGUACAUCGUGCACCCCACCAUGUUCAUCAAGACCCUGCUCAUCCUCUUUAAGCCCAUCAUUAGCUUCAAGUUUGGGCAGAAGAUCUUCUAUGUGAAUUACCUGAGUGAGCUGAGCGAGCACGUGAAGCUGGAGCAACUGGGGAUACCUCGCCAAGUGCUCAAGUAUGAUGACUUCCUGAAGUCCACGCAGAAGAGCCCUGCAACUGCCCCCAAGCCCAUGCCACCACGGCCCCCACUGCCCAACCAGCAGUUUGGGGUCUCACUGCAGCACCUUCAGGAGAAGAACCCAAAGCAGGAUCCCAUUCCGCUCGUGCUCCGGGAGACCAUUGCCCACCUACAGGCCAACGCUCUCACCUCUGAGGGGAUUUUCCGGAGGUCUGCCAACACCCAAGUUGUACGAGAAGUGCAGCAGAAGUACAACAUGGGGCUUCCUGUGGACUUUGACCAGUACAACGACUUACACCUGCCAGCGGUCAUCCUCAAGACCUUCCUCCGGGAGCUUCCUGAGCCCCUGCUCACCUUUGACCUCUACCCCCACGUCGUGGGCUUCCUCAACAUUGAUGAGAGCCAGAGAGUGGAGGUGACGCUGCAGGUCCUUCAGACGCUGCCUGAGGAGAACUACCAGGUGCUUCGUUUCCUCACUGCCUUCCUGGUGCAGGUCUCUGCCCACUGUGACCAGAACAAGAUGACCAACACUAACCUGGCUGUCGUCUUUGGCCCUAACCUGCUAUGGGCCAAGGAUGCUGCCAUCACUCUCAAGGCCAUUAAUCCCAUCAACACCUUUACCAAGUUCCUCCUGGACCAUCAAGGGGAGUUGUUCCCUACUCCCAACUCCUAGGGGCUCUGAGCCCACCCCCUGCCCACCAGCCCCUUCUCUGAUAGCCCCAGUUUGGACUCUUCUUCCCGGCAUCAGCCUUACAGGAGCCCAGGGCUCCUGGCCAAGACGGGGUCAUGAGGCCCCAGGAAAUAGAAGCUGGAGCCAGCCAACUGGGCAGCUCCUCCUCCCCUUCCAGCCCACCUCACUGGCCCUGGAGGCCUCGCUGUUACCAUUGAGACAUUUUCCUUCGUCUUAUGCUUCUCCUGCCUCCUUGGAUCCCUUUCCCUGCGGGGCUGUGCAGAGCUGGCCUUGGCUCUUCCAGCAGGAGGACUGGCUCCAGCAGUUCUUUUCCCGCUUCCUCCUGCCUCUUUCCCCGGCACUGCAGAUGCCAAAAUCACUGCCGGCUGGGAUGGUAGUGGGGGCUGGUUCACCCCCGAUUGCCGGGGAAUGAAAGGCUGAGCAGGCUUGGGCAGGCCCUGCUGCGGCUCCUCCCUGUCUGGUGAAAGCCUGGGUACGAGCACCCUGCUCCUAUCCUCCCCUCAGCCUUGGGUAUCUCCACAGCUAAGGAGUCCCAGGCUGGAGGCCGCUUCCUGUUCCUGCCUUCUCUUUCACGCAUCCUGGUCAGCUUUUCCCAGUGGUACUGCCCCCAGGAUGUUCUAACCUCCUGCUUCUGCCGGGACUGGCAGCUUGGGUGACAUGGCUGAGUCCUAGCAUCCAUUUGAGAUAGACAGCACUCCCACCCCAAGAGUCCCCUGGUGCCUGAUAAGACAAGCAGGCUCAGCCUCUAUGCCUUGUCUAAGGACAGAUUCUAAGCAGAAGGCUCUUGCAGUCCUAUCUGUUGUGGAGUCACACUGGUCUCUGCUCUGGCCAGAGGUGACUCAGUGCCUCAGGCUCUGUGGUGGCUUCUUCCUCCUAUCGGGGACUCCUGGAGGGCUGGCAGGGAUUUUGCUAGUUAGACCGGCCAGGUGAGUUCUAGCAACCUUCCCCAGUCUUUCAGACAACCUGGACCCCGGUGAUGACUAUCCCUCAUUCCAGCUGUGUCCUUUAGAAUUACCCUCCUUCCUGGUGAACCCCCUUCCCCUUCCUGCAGCCUUGACCUCUGGCAGCAGGGAAAUACCUGCAGUGACCCUGUCCCCACAGCCUUGGCCAGAGCCUGUACCGUGGGGGUCCUCACUGACCAGCCCAACUCCAUCUGGGCUCUCUCCUCAGGGCACUGGCAUGUCAGAACUCCCCAUACCUGGAGUGGCUGCUGGUUUUGUCAGUCCCUGUGUCUCUAGCCUCUGCUUUCUGCAUUCCUUUGUCUAUCAGGUGUUGUUCACAGUCCCGCUUACUGGGGAGCCUGUGGAUCUAUUUGGUCUUUCCCUGUCCCCUGCCCCACUGGUUAGUACCCGCAGGUGUGGGGCUGGGGGAAGAGCUUGUACUGUGAAUCAAGUGUUCACAUUCACACUUAAUGAAUUCCUUGGCACCAAUCAUGUACUCCACCUUUGCACUUUUUGUAUUUCAAUAAAAAUGGAGAUGGAAACUGCC